ACACCAUUUUCACAGAACUCUCUCAUCCCCAAACAAGCCAUAGCAAAACAACAAAAAUUCUUUCCAGAUUCUUUGCCUUUCUUGGGAGAAUAUUCUGUCAGAGUUCUGCAAGAAAAAAUGGAUGAAAUGGCUUCUUUUUGGAGUUAUCAAGAAACAAUGGAUGAGCUGAAGCAGAAGCUUUUGUACAGUACGUAUGAACUGGAAAGGUUUAAGGCGGAAUCGAGCGAGGAGAUGAGGAAGAGCAAAGAAUAUGUGAAGCAACUGGUUGAGCUUCUGAAGGUUGCUUGUAAGGAGAGAGAUGAGGCAAGAGAUCAGCUUCAGAAGCUGCUGGGAACAGCAGCAAGUGUUGUUGUGUUGCCUGCAACGAAGGCGAAUUCGGGCGUCACUGAAUCGAACAGCCUGUCCGAGACGUACAACACUCAGGGCUCGUCCCCCGUUGAAUCCUUCCUCGAUGCAGUUUCGUCUCCCGAGCUCUUGAACAAUAGUACAGUUGAUUCUAGUGCCAUGGUGGAUCAGGCUGCGAUGGCGAUUGAGGGUCUCGCGAAGGGGAAAUGUUUGCCUCAGAAGGGGAAGCUUCUGCAGGCUGUGCUUGAGGCUGGGCCGCUUCUGCAGACCCUGCUCGUGGCAGGGCCGCUCCCCAGGUGGCGCAACCCGCCUCAGCUCAAGGCGUUCCACAUCCCACCUGUUUCCAUCAGGGGCUGCAAUAAUGCUGCUGCUGCUGCUGCUGCAGCUUCAUCAAGAACACUGUCGCAGCUUUGCUUCGAGAUUCCUGGCCCGUCUCCACAAAUGUUGUCAAUGCCUAUGUUGAACUUCGGAUCCUGUCUUGGCAGCCAGAGGUUGAUGUCUGCUGGCUCAAACAUGGCUACCAGUUAUACCCAUCUCGAAAAGCGACAAAGGUUGCUGUGAAGAACUCAAAGCAUUUUUGUACAAAAGACAAUAUUUGGGUGGGGAUGUAAAUGGGAUUAUGGGGUAGAUACAUAGGUUUCAUUUUUAUCUUUCUUUUAACUACCAACUCAAUUCUUCCUUCUAUGACAGUUUCCAUUGCAGCUUUUUAGCCAUUCUUCAGGCAAAUGAAAGUCUAGUUUUUGCAGUUUCUCA